GGCUGACGUAAAUCAUAAAAAACACUCGCUCGGGGUUGACAUGCCAGUAAACCUCACAAAAAUCAUGGAAAAACUCACCUUUACCAGUGUCCUCGAUUAUGUCGUUCCCGUCACACUCUUUUUGGGUGUGCUGUUGAUUCUUCAUGUGUUGAAACAGAUGCUUCUACCCCACAUUUACCCCAUGUUUUUGAAUAGUUUCAUGCGGAAGUACAACGAGGCAAUGGGCAGUUUCAAAGCUGAGCUUCUCAAAGAAAUGAAAGAUCAAGUGGAGUCCCUGCGCGAGAAACCUGUCGAUGGAGGGGAGGGCUCCGUAAAUGGGGAGUCACACCCUUCCCUCACCGUCCUCGAGAUUGGGGUGGGCGCGGGGGCUAACUUCAAGUACUACCCUGAUGGCACCUCGGUGAUUGCCGUCGAACCGAACAAGAAUUUUGCGUCGUAUUUGGAGCAGAACGUGGCCGAGCACUUCCCCCGCGUGCGCCUGGAGCGUACGGUGGUGGCCUUUGGAGAGGACCUACGGGGCCACGUGGAUGACUGCAGUGUGGACGCCGUGGUCAUCACAUUGGUCCUGUGCAGCGUCCAGGAUGUUGAUGCUGUAAUACGGGAGGUCAAGCGAGUGCUAAAACCUGAUGGCAAGUUUUAUUUCUUGGAGCACGUGGCCGCAGAUCCCCAAACGUGGACCAGCACCCUGCAGUGGGUCAUUCAGCCGAUCUGGUCCUAUUUCGGCGACGGCUGCCAACUGACAAGGAAGAUAUCGGCUGAAGUUGAUCGCGCCGGCUUCUGUAAGGUCCACCACCAGCGGUUCCGGGCUCACCCCAAAUUUCCCCGAGUGUUACGCCCCCACCUGAUGGGGGUUGCAACCAAGUCGGUCUCCUCAGCAUCGCAGAGUUGCUGAAUGAAAAGGGGGCGAGGAUGUCAUUGUAAAAGGGAAUUCAUUCCACAGAAGCUGCUAUAAAAAGGGAGGAUGAGUUAAAAAAAUGUGAACAGAACUUGUCAUCUGAUUGAUGAAAUAGGGAUUUGUACACAAUUCUCCAUCCCAAUGUGUAAAGUGUGUGCAGUCAUCAAUUGUCAUUUUAAACCAAAGUGGUCAUAACAGAACAUGUUUUCACAGUUGCAAUAUUUGAAAACUGUGCACUCUUUAUGCGACUUGAUGAAAGCCAAUUUUUAUAUGUACAUGUGAGUAGCUAUUAAAGAAGUUUUAUUCUGAUCAAACAAUCUGGGGGACCAGUCGCUGCCAAAAUGGAGAAAAGGGGGAAUUAUAUUUACAAGUUAAAAUGUGGAGGACAGUCGUCAACAUUGCAGCUUUCAAUUUUUUUAUUUAGACAAGUGCUAUUGCUCAUGGUUCACAUGCUUUGUAAAGUAUCAUAGUAACCUUUUCUAAUAAAUGGAAAUUCUAGUUUUCAUUCCAAUUUUUAUACAUCUCAUUUUUCUCUUACAUUUACUGCCAUUCCUGUUGUUUCAAAAAGAUUAAUUGAAUGUUAAUUCUGCAAAAACGUUUGAAUGUGACAUUUGUUAUCCAGUCACGUGUUACAUGCAUUUCUGUAUGCAUGUGUAGGAAGUGAAAGAUCGCAACACCACAAUCUUAUUUUAGAAUGUUUGCCUUUCUGCCUGUGCUGUUCGUGGUGCGUUUUUACAAACCUUAAGAGUGACCAAAAUAAGAGUAGCAUUUUAAGUAGCUUGAAGAUGUAUAAGUAGUCAAGUAUUACUUUCUUUGUAAUCAUUGCAUACGUGUACAUGUAUGUUUCAUUCAGUAGUGGUUUUUUUUAGCAUGAGUAUUGCAUUUUUACUUGCAUUUGUGUGCCAAAGGGGAUUCCGGUGAUUUGUAAAUGUUUGUAUUGACAGACAACUCUCCUAUUUGUGAUGGGAUCUGGGAAACCCUAUUAUGGUUUUAAAUUUGUCCAUUUGUUAACUAUCAAAUGAAUGAGUCACUGUGCUGUUUUCCAAACUGUUUCAUUCCUAGGUUCUAGGUCAUCUGUAACUUGAAUUAAGCUCUCGGGAAGUGACAAAAUCCAGCUGACUGCAUUUUUGGAAAGCUUUAAAAUUCUGAGUAAACCCUUUUGAGAUUACACAAAAUUUAGUGAUUGAAAGAUGGCAAACUUAAGUUGUAGUUCAUCAUUCAAACAAGAUCAGUUGGAUAUUGACAAUUAAAAUGGUAACCAAAUUUCAAAUUUGACUCCUUUCCAAUAAAGAGAGGGGAGGGGACUGUCGACAGGUUUUCCCAGAUUGCAUCACAUUUCUCACUGCGCCAGACCAUGCUGCAUCCAAAACUUAAAGCUCUGGCUGGCUAUGACACGCUGGUGGCUGGAGCUGCAAGCGUUUGGCUUCCAUGGGCGCUGGCUUUAUUACUAGGUUUGAAUAAAACUUGGACAACCAGAGUUUCUUUGUGCAAACAGUGCCAAUCUGUUGGGCUAGAACCUGGGGCGGCUGGUGGGUGUGUUGAUGGUAUGUGCCAAGGGUUGACCUUAGGGUGCCACCAUGGGAAAAGAUGGGGUAGUGCAGAAAACAAGUGGAAACAUCUAACUCAAAGCAAGGUGCUACAUCUUGCAGUGGUGUGCAACUUUCUCUGUUCAACCACAAGCUAUUUCACACACUUCCUCCAUUUUCUGGCACACCCAUUCAGAAGAGUGGGCACAUUUUUCCUGAGAUUUUCUUGUUCCAUUGAUCAAUAAUUUUGAUAUUUUCCAAGAGUCAAUACUAGCCAAACGGAAGAUUUGCAUCUAGAUGAGGUAUUCAGUGUUCAUCCGUUUUUUAACUGUUGCUAAUAUUUUGUCAUGUCUGUAUCAGAAGUGUGUGAUUAAAAGAUUCACGGGAAGUGUGAUUCAGUGUUUUAAGUACCAUCAUUUGAAGUAUAGAGGACACAAUGGGACUCUAAUUGGUUGGGUAAAACUGUAAAAUCUUUUGUGCUUUCUCUGAAGUUACCCACUUCAAGAAGGGCCCUCCUAUUGUGUCCGCCAUGCUUCGAAAUGGACUUUUGAGAUAAAUCAUUGUACAAUUAAAUUAACACGACAUUUUUAUAUUAAAAACUCCCUUCAAACGAGUUUGCCGAUGUCUCUCCACUUUUAUUAUUCAUUAGUGUUCAAAUUAAAAUGUGAACGUGUAACCGAAAGAAUUAAUUUGGCAAGACAAGAAACAACAUUCUUUUGCAUGGACUGACGGUAACAAUUACACAAACAUUAAUCUUUGAAUUUUAACUUUGUUAGUAUAACACGUGGUAGGUUAACUUACAU